CACCAGCCGCUCCGAUGUGGCAGGAGGCGAUGCGGCGCCGCCGCUACCUGAGGGACCGCGCCGAGGCGGCGGCGGCAGCGGCGGCGGGCGGCGGCGAGGGGCUGCAGCGGUCCCGGGACUGGCUCUACGAGUCGUACUACUGCAUGAGCCAGCAGCACCCGCUCAUCGUCUUCCUACUGCUCAUCGUGAUGGGCACCUGCCUUGCCCUGCUCGCCGUCUUCUUCGCGCUCGGGCUGGAAGUGGAAGACCAUGUCGCAUUUUUAAUCACAGUGCCCACGGCUCUGGCCAUUUUCUUUGCCGUUUUCAUCCUGGUGUGUGUGGAGGCUGUGUUUAAGAAGCUGCUGAGGCUCUUCUCCCUGGUGAUCUGGAUCUGCCUCGUGGCCAUGGGGUUCCUGUUCAUGUGCUUUGGUGGCACCGUCUCUCCCUGGGACCAGGUGUCUUUCUUCCUCUUCAUCAUCUUCGUGGUGUACACCAUGCUGCCCUUCAACAUGCGAGAUGCCAUCAUCGCCAGUGUCCUCACCUCCUCUUCCCAUACCAUUGUAUUGAGUGUCUGCCUGUCUGCAGCUCCAGGGGCCAAGGAACACCUGGUCUGGCAGAUUCUGGCCAAUGUGAUUAUCUUCAUCUGUGGGAACUUGGCAGGAGCGUACCACAAGCAUCUCAUGGAGCUUGCUCUACAGCAGACUUACCAGGACACCUGCAACUGCAUCAAAUCCCGGAUCAAACUGGAAUUUGAGAAGCGUCAGCAGGAGCGGCUGCUGCUGUCCUUGCUACCAGCCCACAUUGCGAUGGAAAUGAAGGCAGAGAUCAUCCAGAGACUGCAGGGCCCCAAGGCAGGCCACAUGGAGAACACAAACAACUUCCACAACCUGUAUGUCAAACGACACACCAAUGUGAGUAUCUUAUAUGCUGACAUUGUGGGGUUCACACGCCUUGCCAGUGACUGCUCCCCAGGAGAACUGGUCCACAUGUUGAAUGAACUCUUCGGAAAGUUUGAUCAGAUUGCAAAGGAGAAUGAAUGCAUGAGAAUUAAAAUUUUAGGUGACUGCUAUUACUGCGUGUCCGGACUUCCCAUCUCUCUGCCCAACCAUGCCAAGAACUGUGUGAAAAUGGGGCUGGAUAUGUGUGAAGCUAUUAAGAAAGUGAGAGAUGCUACUGGAGUUGACAUCAACAUGCGUGUGGGAGUGCAUUCUGGGAAUGUGCUGUGUGGCGUUAUUGGUUUGCAGAAAUGGCAGUACGAUGUGUGGUCACAUGAUGUCACUCUGGCUAAUCACAUGGAGGCUGGCGGAGUCCCUGGACGUGUCCACAUCUCCUCAGUUACCCUGGAGCACCUGAAUGGCGCCUACAAGGUAGAGGAGGGGGACGGUGACAGCAGAGACCCAUACUUAAAACAGCACUUGGUGAAAACCUACUUCGUCAUCAACCCAAAGGGAGAGCGGCGGAGUCCUCAUCUCUUCAGACCUCGCCACACCCUCGAUGGAGCCAAGAUGAGGGCAUCUGUCCGCAUGACCCGGUACCUGGAGUCUUGGGGGGCGGCCAAACCCUUUGCACACCUGCACCACAGAGACAGCAUGACCACAGAGAAUGGGAAGAUCAGCACCAUGGAUGUACCAAUGGGUCAGCAUAAUUUUCAGAAUCGCACCUUAAGAACCAAGUCACAAAAGAAAAGAUUUGAGGAAGAAUUGAAUGAAAGGAUGAUUCAAGCAAUUGAUGGAAUUAAUGCACAGAAGCAAUGGCUCAAGUCUGAAGAUAUUCAAAGAAUCUCACUGCUUUUCUAUAACAAAAUUCUGGAAAAAGAAUACCGAGCCACUGCUCUGCCAGCCUUCAAGUACUAUGUGACUUGCGCGUGCCUCAUAUUCUUCUGCAUCUUUAUUGUGCAGAUCCUCGUAUUGCCAAAGACGUCCAUCCUUGGGAUUUCUUUUGGAGCCGCAUUUCUCUCGCUUGCCUUGAUCCUUUUCGUCUGCUUUGCUGGACAGCUUUUGCAAUGCAGCAAAAAAGCUUCAGGCUCCCUCAUGUGGCUGCUGAAGUCCUCAGGCAUCAUUGCCAACCGGCCCUGGCCACGGAUCUCUCUCACGGUCAUCACCACAGCCAUCAUCUUGACCAUGGCUGUGUUUAACAUGUUUUUCCUGAGUGACUCUGAGGGAGUAAUCCUUCCAACCGUCAAUACUUCCAACACAAGUUUUCCUGCCUCAAGUAAUCAGGCAGCGAUUCUACGUGCGCAAAAUUUGUUUUUCCUCCCGUACUUUAUCUACAGCUGCGUUCUGGGCUUAAUAGCCUGCUCCGUUUUCCUGCGGAUAAAUUAUGAGUUGAAAAUGUUGAUCAUGAUGGUGGCCUUGGUGGUCUACAACAUCCUGCUGCUCCACACCCAUGCCCACGUCCUGGAUGACUACAGCCAGGUCCUGUCUGAGAGGCCAGGCAUUUGGAAAGACCUUAAGACCAUGGGCUCAGUAUCUCUCUCCAUCUUUUUCAUCACUCUGCUGGUCCUGGGAAGACAGAAUGAAUAUUACUGUAGGUUGGACUUCUUGUGGAAGAACAAGUUCAAAAAAGAGCGGGAGGAGAUAGAAACCAUGGAGAACCUGAACCGCGUGCUGCUGGAGAACGUGCUUCCAGCCCACGUGGCUGAGCACUUCCUGGCCCGGAGCCUGAAAAACGAGGAGCUGUACCACCAAUCCUACGACUGUGUCUGCGUCAUGUUUGCCUCCAUCCCAGAUUUUAAAGAAUUCUACACGGAGUCGGAUGUGAACAAGGAGGGCCUGGAGUGCCUGCGGCUCCUGAACGAGAUCAUUGCCGACUUUGAUGAUCUGCUGUCCAAGCCCAAAUUCAGUGGAGUUGAAAAGAUCAAGACCAUUGGCAGCACGUACAUGGCAGCGACAGGACUGAGUGCAGUGCCCAGCCAGGAGCAUGCCCAGGAGCCCGAGCGGCAGUACAUGCACAUCGGCACCAUGGUGGAGUUUGCCUUUGCCCUCGUUGCCAAACUGGAUGCCAUCAACAAACACUCCUUCAAUGACUUCAAGCUGCGAGUAGGAAUUAACCAUGGACCUGUGAUAGCUGGCGUCAUCGGAGCCCAGAAGCCACAGUACGACAUCUGGGGCAACACGGUCAACGUGGCCAGCAGGAUGGACAGCACCGGGGUCCUGGACAAGAUCCAGGUCACGGAGGAGACCAGCCUCAUCCUGCAGACGCUGGGGUACACGUGCACGUGCCGCGGGAUCAUCAACGUGAAGGGGAAGGGGGACCUGAAGACGUACUUCGUGAGCACAGAAAUGUCACGAUCCCUUUCCCAGAGCAACGUGGCAUCCUGAAGGGUGGCCUGCAUCCCCAGUGAGGGAAGAGCGACCCCCAGAAGGUACCACGCACUCCCGGACUGCGCCUUGGGGCCCUCGUUUUUGGUGUGGGUGUCCUGUCCCAUCCUCCGGGUCCUCGCGGACUUGUCUCUGUGACCCAUACUGUCCCACGUCUGCCCCAUCGUCCUGCCACUUGCACUGUGCUUACUCCCGAACAAGAAGGACAGAAGGACGCAUGGUGGAGGAAGAGCAUCCAAAGAGAACGUGAAACACACCACUCGAGGCAAUAAAACUAGGGGUGUACAGUAUCUUCUGGCGCAUGUUCCGCCCACCCACCACCUCCACGAGUGCGCUUCAGACCCACAGUAUUUGUCUCCCCCGCCCCUACCUCGUGCGGUCCGUGGUCCUCCCCGUGUCUCACCGCCACCUGUGACCCGCGGCCCUCGUCACCCUGGCUCUGUGUGUCCAGCCAGCAGCAUGUUGCCAUCAUCAACAGAAUCAGUCCUCACAGCCUAGGACAGUUUUGUACCAAACUUGUCUGAUGUUUUAAUGCCAUUUGUCUUUUGUAAGGUUAACUCAUUAAAAGUUUUACGUACUUUG